UAAGCCAGCGAAUUGCUCAGUGGCUGAGUAAUUGUUACAGGGAACGACGCACUUGAGAAGUACAAACAACCAAAUGGAGAAACGAUCCUCGUCCGCUAUGCAGCUGCUCUAUGCAGAGCUGGCCUCCGCAAAGGCACGAAGCCUCAAGCUGGAGGAGGAGAAUGUUCUGCUGCGUCAUCGCCUGAAUCGAGUGUCCACAGAGCACCACACAAGCGCAGCCGUGGAUGUGCAGGCCAAGAUUGUGGCAUACCAGAUGGAGGAGGAGCGCGAUCAGCUAAUGGAGACACUGCAGCUGCACAAGAAGAAGUACAACAAACUGCACGACGCCUACCUGGAGAAGGUGAAGCGCUGCAAGGCACUCGAGGAGAUGUUCAAGCGGCAGAAGACACUCACGGGUCUGGUGAUGAAAUCGGCCUUGGAUCAGCGGCACACAGAGCAGCGAAUGAUGCUGGAGAAGCGGCUGUCGGCACAGAACGAGCGCAGUGAGCUGGAGCAGCUGAAAGCUCAGGUGGAGAAGCUGCAAAGAGCCCUGGACGAGUCCUAUGACAUCAUCGAUGAAAUGGACUUUGAGCUGGACAGCGUGGAGUUGCUGGAGACACAGAACCAAAGCUUACGCGAGGAGGUGACUGCCCUGAAGGCGAAGCUGGAAACGGGAGAAGUGGCCGGCUAUGAUGCCUCUGCGCCUGCCGCAGACGAUGAUGAUCCUCCGCCCAGGUACCAGCCGGAUGAUCCGACUGCCCGUCGCAACUAUCGAAAGACUGUGGUCUCCUCCAGCUGUGAGUCCUUAAGGGAUGAUGAUGCCGACGCCGAGACCAUGGAACGAGCCGCUCUCACCAAUAGCCUAAUCCAAACUGUCGAGACGGAGAGCAACAGCCUGCGACGGGAGCUGCUCAGAUCUCGUUGCCAGCUGAAAGUGCGCACCAAGCUGGAGAAGGAGAUGGAGGAGGACCACAAUGAGGAAUAGCAGGGGAACGAUUCAUUCAUUAUGCGACAAAUAAACAAAAGAUGACAAACCAACGACCACAACAACUGACAUGAUAAACCACACAUUGGCAGCCAGGGAACGGGACAGGACAGCCCACAACUGGCAGACCGAAGACCGACCCCGCAAAGUGCGAGUCUAACCCAGAUUCGGAGCAAGUUACGCCUAACAAGUGCACAUACCAGAGAUUGCUUUUAAGGUUCGACAAACACGAUCGGCAGCAGCUAAAUCCAAAUACUUUGCGAUAAGAGUAACCUGAAUAACUUGGCCUAGCGCUGCGGCUAAUAGGAAACCCGUCCCGACAUUCAGCAGUCUAAUGGCGAUUAAUUAAAAUAUUUGUUCAUGGCAUCCAGCGUGCUGUGUGUCCCAAUCAAAGGAUCCUGUCUGUCCUGUCCUCUAAGCCAUGAAGGUGCCACACCACACCGCCCGAGAGCCCGAGAGACCGAGAGACCGAGAGACCCAACCCGCUCUCCAAUCAAACAAACAUGACAAUUAUUUUUUAUGACUUAAUGCACUGUCGCAGUCGCAGUCGCAGUUGCAGGCCUCGUUGCCCAAUGUCUGGUCUGUCUUUGGGUUGAGUUGCAAAUUAUUGACAAAAUAAAUUAAUCUGCACAUUUGUUGGCCCCGACUAACGGGCCACAGCGCGCACUAACUAACGCACCGACACCUCUAAGAU